GGAGAUGUGGAGGGCGUGGCUAUCCCGCUAAUCAGGGUUCCGAACCCCGAGGCCCACCAAUGUUCCACGACCGCGGGUCUGGGGUACGGGAGGCGUGGUCUAUGCAUAUCUUCACUGCUUAGACGCCGAAGGCCCACUAAAGGCCCUGCCGCUGGGGGAGUCGAGGGGCGUGGCUCCACGACUAGCCGCCAAUGGGCAGCCCGCUGUUAGCGCUGAGGGGGCGGGGCGAUGCAGAUCAGCCUUGGCUCGGCGGCCCAAUGGGCUGCGUCUUAUGCAGAUGAGACGGUGACAGCCGGGCCGGACCGGCGGGCGGGCGCGCGGCCGGCGGGGCGCUGGGGGCCCCCAGGGAAGCCGGGAGCGGGGGCCGAGGCCCGGCGUAGGGGACGACGCGGCCAUGAUCCGGGCCUUCUCGUUCCCCGUGAGCCCGGAGCGGGGCCGGCUGCGAGGCUGGCUGGAGGGCAGCCUGGCCGGCCUCUGCGAGCUGCACUGGCUGCGGGAGCGCCAGGAGUUCCGCGUGCGCCAGGCGCUCCGGCUCGGCCAGCCGCUGGCCACGGGUGCGGGGCCCGGAGGGGCGGCCGACGAUGGCCGAGACCAGGAGGACGAGGCCCUGGGCGACGACGACUGCGAGGAGGACGACGACGAGGCGGCGGCGCGCCGGGCCGCGGCCGCGCUGGAGGAGCAGCUGGUUUCUAUGAAGGCCCUUCCCCUACUGGUCCAGACUCCCCUCCUUCAACAUUUGGAGCUGACAGUGGCUUCUCUGGCUCUGGUUCCUACAGCCGCCUGGGCCCCUCUGAGCCCCGGGGAGUGUUUGCCAGCGAGAGGCCCAAGUCUCUGGGAGAGGCGGGCCCCAGCUCCCAGGAGGCCCCGGUGGGAGGCCGGGCAGCCGUGCCUCGCUCUUUCUCCGCUCCCUACCCUACAGCCCCUCAGGAGGCCGGGCCCGGGGGCGUGACCUCCUUCCUAUCGCCCAGCCCGCUCCAUGCAGUGGCCCUGCAGAGCCCCCGCCUGCGCGGCCACCUCUAUCCGGACUCAUCCAUCGCUGGGCCCCCGGACGGCACCGCCCCGGGCCGCCACCUGGAGAGCUAUAUCUCGGGCCUUCUGCGGCGCCGGAGGCGACUCCGUGGGCGGCCAGGGCCAGGCCAGCCCCGCACCAGUCCCGGCCCCGGGCCAACUGAGCCGCCGGCCGCCCUACGACGACAGAAUAGCGCGCGGCAGCGGCCCGAGGAGCCGGCGCACCCCGGAGUGGGCGGUUCUCCCGGGCCUGGGGGCUGGCCGCCCUGGGACUCCAGCCCACCCCCAGCCGAGCCAGCGCCCACAGUGGGUUCCUCGCCCCCCAGCCCGGGAGAGGGCCGGCUGGUUAAGGCCCAGUACAUCCCCGCGGCGCACGGAGGAGUCCGCGGGCCUCCGGUGGCCCGCUCAGCUCGCCGCAAGGGCCCUCCGCCUCCCCCGCUCACACGGGGCCGAAGUGUGGAGCUGUCGCCUCCGAGGGAGCGGCCCCGGCCGGGAGGCACCAGGAAAGGCAGGUUCCCCGACGGGGCGGCCCGACGGGGCUCCCCGCGGGGCAAGAAGGCCGCCCGCUCGCAGUCAGAAAACAGCCUUCUGAACCGGCCAGGCGCUGGUCCGGGAGAACCCAAGUAUCAUACCGUGGAGAGGGAGGAGCCGCGACCGGCCCGGCCCCGUCGGACCCCAGCAGGCGCAGCCCCCACCUCCUCGCGCCGCUGGCGCUCCACCGCCGAGAUCAGCGGUGAAGAGGCCGAGGGAGGGCGACGGGUCAAGGCUGCGCCUCGAGGGGGAGGGGGCCGGGCUGUCGGAGGAGUCCCGGGGCCCUCGCCAGUCCCUCCGCGCCGCCUCCUCUACGGCUGCGCCGGCAGCGACUCGGAAUGUUCGGCCGGCCGCGGCGGGGUCGUCGGACGCCGGGGUCCCCCCUUGGGAAGCAGCGGCGGCGGCGGCUACGGGCCAGCCUACGGCGAGAGCGAGUCGAGCGCCAGCGACGGCGAGUCCCUCGCCUUCAGUUCAGCCUCCAGCGAUUCGGAGGGCAGCGGCGGCGGCCUGGUGUGGCCCCAGCAGCUGGCGGCGGCGUCGGCAGCGGCCGGGCCUGGAGGAGGCCCUGGGGGAGCCCAGGGGAAGGUCUUCGUCAAGAUCAAGGCCUCCCACGCGCUCAAGAAGAAGAUAUUACGGUUCCGCUCAGGAUCACUGAAGGUCAUGACCACAGUGUGAGCUCGUAGGGCGGAGCGCGGAGGCCAUUUGCCCAGCCCUUCUUUGGCUGACUAGACUGGCAGCCAAGAACGCCAGAGUUCGCCCAUUGAUUCGAGGUGUGGACUUGGGCGAACUCGGGGCCUCAGUUUCCCUGGCUGUCGAAUGGACUCAGUGAAGUAGGUGGAGUGGUGUAAAGAAAUUUGGAAUGAGGAGAUCUGGGUUCAAAUCCCGCCUCUGCCACUCACUAGUUGAGUGACCUUGAGCAAGAUCCUUCCCCUCUUGAGGCCUUAGUCGCUUCCUCUGAAAAAUGAGGUGGUUGGACUUCCAAUUUCUAAGGUCCCUGCCAGCUCUGAAAUUCUUAGAGGCGUAAGAGCCUCUAAGGAGUCCCUGCCCUCUACUGAAGGGGUCUCUAUUUUCCUAUCCCUUUCUGGCCAAGGAAAUCCCCCCCUAAGUUCCUUCUUUAUUGGGUGUUCUCCCUCUCCCACCUCCUUUGGCCCGUUUACAAUCCAUUCAGUUGGGCCACGUUUCCAUUCCCUUCCCAAACCCUACCCACCGAGACCAUAUAUAUAUAUGGCCAGCAGAUGAUGUGGGAAUCCUUUCCAAACCUCUGGCGGGCUAUACUGUGGACCACUGGGGGGUCCUGGUAGAAUCCUGUAGGGCCAAGCCUCUGUGAUCUUUUCUGAUCGCUCUGUUUAUAAUCCAACUUGGGGGCUGAAAAGUAGUUGAGGGACCGCUGUCCCUGGUGCUUCCUAGGCCUUUCUUGGUGACCUCGAGUGAGAAGUGAAAUGGAGGAACAAGUAGAUUUCCAGGAAUAGAGGACAGGGAAGGGGGCCAGAGGGGGACCAAUCCCUAAUUAGUUUUUUUUAAUUGCUGUAUUUAUUAUAAUGACGGCGACUCCCCAGGCGAGUGAGUGUGGGAAGGUGGAAGAUGGUGAUCUUCUCCUGUACCCCACCCUUGCCCCACGGGAGCCAGACCCUAUCUGUUUCUAUAUUCUCUUUGUAAAUAAAUUCACAGUGUUAUCCCGGUGGUGGCUUCCUCUGGCCCUGGUCCUGACCUGGUGGUGGUGUAGAGAUGGCAGCCUUGGCUUACUCUCUUCCAAUCCAAUCCAAUAAGUAUUUUUUAAAAAAAUGCGUUUUCCAAGGCGCAAUGGAUAGAGAGUCAGUCUCAGAGUCAGAAAGACUUACGUUCUAAUUUCGUUUCUGACUCAUACAAGCUGUGUGACCCUGGACAAGUCACUUCACUUCUCAAUGCUUUUGGCAACUCCUUAAGACUAUAGGCCGCAGAACUGUGGUUGAUCUCUGUUGGUGGAGGGAAUUCCCUGCACCAGUGAAAUCAAUGGGUGUAGGAAUCAUCCUAUGCCCUUUCAGACAAGCAUCUGCUCGUCCACUUCUAGGUAGAGAGAAUUCUUUCUAGGUCCUGGGAUGCUGAGAAGUGCAGAUCUCGCCCAGGCUCUUGAAGAUACGAGGUGUUGGAAGUAGUUAUUUAACCGAGGUGGUCCUUACUUCUCGCUACCCCUUAGCCUCGCUGCCUCAUGUCCUGAGUAUGCAAAGAUGAGAUGAGCAAUCCCUGCACUCUAGGUACUCCCAUUCUGUUGGAGGAAAACAGAGCCGAUAAAUGUGACGGUUUGAGGAAGAGGGAUCACAUCGAUAACUAAAGACACCAAGAAGAGCUUCCAAGCUCGCUGCAGAAGCAGCCCCAGUGCGCCAGCAGGGAGCAAUAGUUCCUGAGCAGGGGGAGUCAUCUGGUCAGACUUGUCCCUAGGAAGCUAAGGAUUCCAGGAGGCAAAGGUGAGGAGAGCGCAUUCAAUUCGAGGCAACUAUCCUUUAUUAAGUGCCUAUUUAGUGCCCUGCCCUGGACCAGGCUGGGGACCCAGAGAUAGGAAGCUUAGCUUGUACUGGGCAGAAAUCCUCAGGCAGAGUAUCCAGAUAAGUAAAGACACAGAUCAAAUGACCUUCCAAGUGAGGGUAGGGACCGAGAUUUCAUUGCUUUAGAUAACUCCCACGUGAGGGCAUUCUUUCUAUCAUCUGGGGUCUACACCUUCUCUGCAAAUGAUCAUUUUAGAGAGUUCCCUAGGGCACGAAUAAUUUCAAUGGUUUGUCCAGGAUGACACAGCCAAGGAAGUAUCAAAGGUAGGACUUGAACCAGGGUCUUCCUGGCUCAGAGACCAGCUUUCUAUUUUCAUUCUGACUGGUCAGCUGCCUCUCAUACAAAAUACAAAGUAAUUUGGGUGGGGGAGCACAAAUAAUUGGGGGAAAUCAGGAAAGGCCUUUUGGAGGGGGGUACUUUACAUAAGCCUCAUUUUCUCUGUCUCUAAAAGAAAAGGGACGAGAUGGGUCUCUCAGGGUGCUUCCCAACCCUGGAUUUGAUUAUUCUGUAUGUCUCUGGCAUCCCCAGUGUUCCUUUCAGCUCCAGGGCUUGUGGUCCAUCUUAUCCUAUGACCACUUAUUGAGGGUACCCUGUGCCCUAUGCGGGUGGGCACAGUAGCUGCCUUUGCCAAUCGGUCAAUCCACAAACUUUGCUUGCUCUCCUAUGAGGUUCCAAGGCACUGUGAUAGACACUAGGAGACCAAGAAGCCUUCCCCGUGACUACGAUGCUCUCCUUUCUCACCCCCGUCUCCCAGAAGUCCUGGUUUCCUUUAAGACUCGACUGAAGAGGUCUUUCCCAAGUUUCCCCUUCUUUCCUCCUCCCCUCCCCCCAGCUGCUAGUGGCCCUCUCCUACGGCCUUGUAAAUAUCUGGUAUAUAUUUAUUUAUGUACAACUUUGUCUCCCCUGAAAGAAUGAAAGCCCCUUGAGGGCAGGGACUGUUCUCAUUUCUGUCUUUGUAUGCCCAGCGCCUAGCACAGAGCCUGGCCCAUAAUAAAGA